CGUUCCUUCAGCCCGCGGACUGGGCCCAGUAAUGAGAUAGCGUUGUAAUUAUUACAAGAUUCAACUGCCUAGAUGCCGGGGGAGCUUCGUCCAUAAAUACGCCUUGUGUCCCUCCGACUAUCUCAUCGUGUGGAGACCUUGCUGCCACUGCCAACAUCACCACCGCCUCCUCGUCCUCUUCCUCCUCAACCCAUUCGCAGACCCAGUACCGUGCAUCCCUUGCCAUCACCACUGCCUCCCGUAUCGCUACUGAAGUGCAGUGUGCUUGUCCAUUGAGGUACGUCAUCGGCAGGAUGUCGGCUUCUAAGCUUGGAACCCAAGAUCAUCCAAUUGCAACCCUCGAUGCCUCGCUAGUUGACCGCCUCCCUGCGUCGUCCGCAACUCUCUUCGAGGGCAAAAAGAAAAAGAAUCUCUCGUUUGAGGCUAUAGCCAAGGAACUUGGCCGAGACGAAGUGGCUGUCGCAGCUCUCUUCUACGGACAGGCACAGGCCAAUGCGCAAGACAUUGAGAGACUUUCGAAGCUACUGGACAUCGAUCACGGACUGCUCUCGCAGCAACUAUACCAAUGGCCAGAUCGCGGCCGGACGCUGGAUAUGCCACCCAAGGACCCCCUAAUCUAUAGGCUGUACGAGAUUGUGCAAAACUACGGCUACGCGUACAAGGCCGUCCUGAACGAGAAGUUUGGCGACGGUAUCAUGAGCGCUAUCUCGUUCACCACCCACGUGGAGAAGGAGACGGAUGAGAAGGGCGAUUGGGUCAAGAUAACCUGGAGAGGAAAGUGGCUGCCCUUCACGAGGUUCUAAGACGAAUGUUCAAGUUGUCGGGUUAAAAAAAUACGAAGCGUGUUGGUGCAAAAUGUCAUGUUAAUGGCGGUAAAGUGUUCAUUUCCAAUUAAAUUGUACCUACAUCCCCUUGGACCGCUCCGCAUUUGUGAUGACGCCGGAAUGAGUGACUACAUGAAGAGGGAAAGUUGAGGGUCGGAUAUGUGAGCUACCACAGAUAGGUAAAGAAGGCUCACACGUAGCGUUCGAGACCUGAGGAUCUCACAAGAGUGUGAUGUAGAAAGUUGAAUUCGACCCAGUGAUGUCACAUAAUACGUUGUGGCAGAUAAUAUCUUCCGCUGAGGAAGAGCAGAUGUAACACAAUGCUACUCAGGAUCACAUUGAUCCUUAACGUUGCC